CUUCCCGGUUGUCUUCGUGCUCUUAGCCGUUGCAUGUCUCACGAUCCGGCCGUACCGCCCGGUCGGAUCAAAAGCCUCGACCACCUCAAGCAAUUUCAUGCCCGUGUCAUCCGCCGAACACCCCUUGAUGGCUCGCACCACGUUGCCGCUACCCUCCUCGUCGCUCACUGCGCGGGCAUCGGCGCCCCUCUGCACUAUGCUCGCCUCCUGUUCGAUUCAAUUCCGCACCCGGACGCCCGCUCCUUCGCCUCCAUCCUCCGUAUCUGCUCCCGCUCUGGCGCCCAUGACGACGUCGUCUUCCUCUUCCGCCGGAUGUCCCGCCUCGCCGUCACGCCGCACGCACCCUCCGUGUUCCCUGUUUUGAUCAAAUCGCUCGGCCCUGCAGCUGCUUGUGCCCACAGCCUCGUCUUGAAGCUGGGUCAUCAUCGGGAUCUGUUCGUCCGAAACGCGGUGAUGAGUUCCUACGCUCAUCACGGGCCCGUCGAGACCGCGAGAAGACUGUUCGAUGAAAUGCCGGAGAAAGCGGUUGCGGACUGGAACGUCAUGCUAUCGGGGUACUGGAAGUGGGGCCGCAAGGAGGAAGCGCUUAGAACGUUCGAUUUGAUGCCAGAACGUAACGUGGUCUCGUGGACUGCGAUGGUUACCGGGCUGUCAAGGCUGAGGGAGCUGGAGGCUGCUCGGAGGUUCUUUGACUGGAUGCCGGAGAGGAGCGUUGUCUCGUGGAAUGCAAUGCUAUCGGGUUAUGUGCAGAACGAUCGGCUGGAUGAAGGGUUGAGACUGUUCGACCAAAUGGUCAGUGCUGGAGUUCGUCCCAAUGAGACCACAUGGGUCUCCAUCAUCGCGGUGUGCUCCGCAAAGGGUGAUAUAAGGUUUGCCGAAUCCAUAGCAAGUAUAAUUAUGGAGAGGAAGGUGCCCAUGAAUUGCUUCCUCAAGACGGCCUUGAUCGACAUGUAUGCUAGUUGUGGAAAUUUGGUGAAGGCAAGGAUGAUCUUCGACGAGAUGGAAGAUCGGAAUUCGGCGUCUUGGAAUGCUAUGAUAGCCGCGUAUGCAAAGGAAGGUGAUCUAAAUGCAGCAAGGGAGCUGUUUGACAGCAUGCCAGCUAAGGAUGUGAUCUCAUGGAACACGAUGAUCUCGGGUUACUCGCAGAAUGGUCGAUUUGAUCUUGCUAUGGAACUCUUUAGGGAUAUGACGAUGGUGAAGGGAUUGGUGCCAGACGAAGUUACGAUGUCGAGUCUUAUCUCUGCUUGCGGGCAUUUGGGAUCUCUCGAACAUGGAAAAUGGUUGGUACGCUACAUGCAGGAGAACCAAAUCAAACUGACUGUUUCUGUAUACAAUGCACUCAUCUUCAUGUACUCAAGUUGCGGAAGCUUGGAAGAAGCUAAGAGAGUUUUCGAGGAAAUGCCAAAGAGGGAUGUGUCAUCUUACAACUCGUUGAUUUCAGGCUUAGCAGCUAACGGCGAUGGGCAUGAAGCACUUGCACUGAUGAGGCAGAUGGAAGAAGGUAUAAAACCCAAUGCCAUCACGUACCUCGGUGUCUUGACUGCUUGUAGCCAUGCAGGUCUGACAGAGGAAGGAUGCAGGGUGUUUGAGAUGAUCGAAUCCCCUACGGUCGAUCAUUAUGCUUGCAAGGUGGAUUUACUGGGUCGAGCUGGGCGAUUAGACGAAGUGAAGAAGGUGAUCGAUGAUAUGCCCGUGAGGCCACAUGCUGGCGUCUAUGGGGCUCUGCUUCACGCAAGUCGAAUCCAUAAAAGGGUUGAGCUAGGGGAGUUUGCAGCAGAAGAGCUGUUCAAGCUGGAACGAGAGGAUGCAGGCAACUAUGUUUUGCUAUCUAAUAUCUAUGCAUCUGCAAGGAAAUGGGAGUUUGUGGAGAAGGUUAGGAGAGAGAUUAGAGAAAGAGGUGUUGACAAAGUGAGUGGGUGUAGCCGGAUAGAAUUGGAUGGUAAGUUGCACCUUCAAUAAAACAUGGGCUCUUCUUGGUAGUCUAGUGUUGGCAAAGGAAGAUGAGUGAAUUAGGUGAGACCACCAUGCAUGUACCUUUUUAUCGGAUGUGAAUCAUAAAGGAAGAAGAGGACGCUUAUAAACAUUCUUUCA